AUGGGGCGGGGGGACUGGAGGGACGAGGGGGAGAAGAGGGGAGGGUGGAGAUGCUGUGCCAUCGUGUCUCUGCAUGGUAUUAGAGGCGUAACAAUAACAAUAUGUAGUGAUAUCAAAGCUCUCUCUCUCUCUCCCUCUCUCUCCUUCUCUCCAUGUUACAGUCCAGUCACUGGGUCCAUGUCCCCAGUUAGCACCUCCCAGAUUCUGGCCCGGAAGAAGAGAAGAGGGAUUAUAGAGAAGAGACGCAGAGACAGGAUCAACCACAGUCUGUCAGAGCUUAGAAGACUGGUGCCAAGUGCUUUUGAGAAGCAGGGCUCGUCUAAGCUGGAGAAGGCAGAGAUUCUGCAGAUGACGGUGGACCACCUUAAGCUGCUGCAUGCCAUCGGGGGCAAAGGGUACCUUGAUGCGCAGGUCCUGGCUGUGGACUAUAGGACCCUGGGAUUCAGACAGUGUGUAGGAGAGGUGGUUCGGUACCUGGGCUCUUUAGAAGGAGGAGUGGACUCCCCGGACCGUAUCGGAGCCCGCCUGGUCUCCCACCUCUCCCACUGCGCCAGCCAGCUGGACCCUCUUCUCCUUCAGUUGCCCCCCACCUCCUCCUCCCUCCCUUUUCCUCCCUGGCCGUGGAUCUCCUCCUAUCACCAGAUGUCACCUGUCUCGUCUCCCCACUCUCCAUCUUUCUCCGCGGGGCGGAGGGAGCUGGCAUGCCUGGGGGGUGGGGGUUAUCCAUCCCGCUCAGCUGACACCCUGCGUCUCGCCCCCCUGGGGGGCCAACAGGGGUCUCUACUCGCCCCUGCCCAUGUGCCCUCUCUCCCCUCUCCUUCCUCCCCUACCCUCACCCCCUCCCCCACUCACAGACUCACUCAGCAGUCCCCCGGAGCCUCACCCCUCCUCACCAUCCCCUCCUCUUCUUCUUCCUCCUCCUCUUCCUCUGCUCCUCCGCGAGUGUCCUUCAGACCUUUUGCCCCUAUGGGGUCUCCCGCGGGUCAGCGCAGGGGUAUGGGUGGCUCUGCCAAGGCUCCAAAGACCUGGGGGACUGAGAUAGGAGCCUUCUGAUCCAGAACCUGUCAACAUGGCGUACAAUGUAGAGGUUGCCCGACUAAACCUACCUUUUAACCAUCAGAUCUAGGAUCAGAUUACCUUACCCCUAAAUAUAGCCUUAACCACAGAUCUAGGAUCAGAUUACCUUACCCCUUAACCACACUUAACCACAGAUCUAGGAUCAGAUGACCUUGCCCCUAAACCUACCUUUAAACCUUCAGAUCUAGGAUCAGAUUACCUUACCCCUAAACCUGCCUUUUAACUAUUAAAGGGAUGAAAUCAUAUCUGACCCUAGAACAGCGGUUAGGGACAACUACUACCUCCUCUGUCUCUCUCCCUCGCUGAUGCCAUUUCUCAAUGACAGAGACUCUAAAGCCAUACGACAUGACAGAGAGACAGACAGAGAGACAGACAGAGAGACAGACAGAGAGACAGACAGAGAGAGAGAGAGAGACAGCAGGGACUGACAGAGACAGACUGGGAGGAAACAGCAGGGACUGACAGAGAGACAGACUGGGAGAAAACAGCAGGGACUGACAGAGAGACAGACUGGGAGAAAACAGCAGGGACUGACAGAGAGACAGACUGGGAGGAAACAGCAGGGACUGACAGAGAGACAGACUGGGAGGAAACAACAGGGACUGACAGAGAGACAGACUGGGAGGAAACAACAGGGACUGACAGAGAGACAGACUGGGAUGAAACAGCAGGGACGGACAAAGAGACAGACUGGGAUGAAACAGCAGGGACUGACAGAGAGACAGACUGGGGUGAAACAACAGGGACUGACAGAGAGAAAGACUGGGAUGAAACAACAGGGACGGACAGAGAGACAGACUGGGAUGAAACAGCAGGGACUGACAGAGAGACAGACUGGGAGGAAACAGCAGGGACAGACAGAGAGACAGACUGGGAUGAAACAGCAGGGACUGACAGAGAGACAGACUGGGAUGAAACAACAGGGACGGACAGAGAGACAGACUGGGAGAAAACAGCAGGGACUGACAGAGAGACAGACUGGGAUGAAACAACAGGGACGGACAGAGAGACAGACUAGGAGAAAACAGCAGGGACUGACAGAGAGACAGACUGGGAGAAAACAGCAGGGACGGACAGAGAGACAAGUUGGACAGAUGAAGAACGCCAAGAUGGAAGACCGAGUCAUAAGAGAGAACAGAAUAACUAAAGACUUCCAGAGCGAGACACACACAGGCUGCCUGACGGUCCUACUUGUACAGAAAGCUCUGAAUCUCAGUUUGUAUGUGGAUCUUCAUAGCAAUACCAUGUUGUUCUCCACUAGAAACGACCAUAUAGAUUGUCUUUGAACGAACGAAUGCAAGGGACUAUAUAAAACACUACAGAAGCAUAUAUACAGGAGAUCCAAAAUCCCAGAAAUGCUGGUUGGAGGAUCACAGAUUUUGGGCUUAUUCACUUCUGAUUCCAGGAAUCUUACAGCUGUGAUUUUCUUUUGGAAAAAAAACUUGGGGAAAGUCACCAGCAUUUUUACAACCCUGUAUAGAGAGGGAGACACAUCUCUUCUCAAACUGUCCCUGUGAAACUGAGCUGUGAUGGUUUAUUUUUUUGUCUUUUAAAUAAUUGAGAUACCUUUGAUCGAUUCUGUUUUUAUUAACAUUGGUAUGUCUGAUAAAAAUGGUAUGGAAAGGAAUACUUUGUUUUAUUUUAUUUUCGUAAAAUAUGUUUGUGUGAAAGAAAGACAGCGAGAGAGAGAGAGAGAGAGAGGGCAAUGUUAACACAUGUUUCCCAUGCCAAUAAAGCCCUUGAAUUGAAUUGAAUUGAAAUUGAGAGAGAGAAAGAGAGAGACAGAAAGAGAAAGAGAGAUAAUUCAUUAGAUAAUGCAUACAUUACAUCAAUUAGAUUAUGAACAUGGUUCUCAAGUUCUGGGUGAUUAAAUCAGUCAUGGCUCAACAGAAAUCAGAAAUCCAUGUUGCUACACACUGUUGCAUUACAUUUCACUACAACGAAUGACUGAUGAACAGUGUGUGUG